UCAAAUCAUAUUUUGGACAAUAAAGGGAACAUGCUUGUUUUGUACAGACCCCGUUAAAAAUCACCUCAUCAUUUAUAUACAUGUAUUUAUGAAAAAAUCAUUUCCAUGAAAACCUUGACUCAUAAAGCAAUCUUAACAAAAAAAAAUCUGUAUAAAUGAUGACAACCUUAUUCUGUUUAUUUAUCUGUAUUCAGCCCUAAACUUUUAAGUAAAAGCUUGAUUUCUCAGAUUUCAUAUCUCCCUUUAUGUACUGUCCCUGAGAUUAUAGGUUAGAGUGAAUAGAAAAUCAAUCAUAUCACCACAUUUAAAGGAAGUGUAUUUAUUCAAUUCAGACAUUGAAUAUGUAGAUAGGUAUGGUGAGGGGUAAGUGGAUGCUGGUAAAUACAUACUUAAAUCAUUAUAGCAUAUAAAUAAUCAUAGUAGUAGUACAUGUAGUACAUGUCUGCAAAAUGCAAAAUAAAUCAAUAUAUAAGGUAUAAUACACAUGAUAAUUAAAUCAAUCAAUUAAUCAAUCAAUCAACCAAUCAAUCCUUCAGAAUAAUGUAUUAUUUACUAUAAUAACGCAUUUCCGUUGGGUUUUCUUUUGAAAGUCUUCGUCGGAAGCCUCUUACGUCAGUCCGGGUGGUUUGACGUCAUGUUGAGCCGCUGAAGGAGCGUCAGAUUGAAACAGAGGGAACUUCAAGUCAAGUGUUUUUGACGUGAGUGCACAUAUUCACGAAAACUGUCGGAAAACUGCUGUCGAAAACUGAAUUGAGCUUUCUCAGCGUCCUUUUUCACUGUUUUGUAUUUGUAUUUUAUUGCGUAUUGCGAAGACAUUAAAGUUCUACCCGUCAAGUCCCUAUAUCCCGUCCAGUCCUCGGUAUGGCUGAGCCUGCUGAGCUGCUGCUCAUCAAGGACCAGUACGAGUUGGCGUUUCAUUCUCUGAGCCGUGGGCUGGCUGCUGAAGAGGCUGGGAAUAAAGAUGGGGCCCUGGAGUAUUACAGGAAGGGUCAGCAGCACCUUACCCAAGGAAUUGAAGUCCCCACUGGGGGGGGGAGACAGAAGGGUGCUGUGUGGGACACUGCCAGGCAGUUUCAGCAGAGGAUGAGGGACACUCUGAGGACUGUCACCACCCACCUGUCUGACCUGGAGACCUCUCAGCCCACAACAGAAUCUCAGAGGGGCCGCCUGUUGAUGGAUCUUCCUCCUAAUCUUUAUCCAGACCUGGCACCAAACAGCCAGCCUCCCGAAAGCUCUGUCCAUCAUCUCUACCCCAGCAUACCUGCUACCACUCAGGACAAAACCCCAGCCCCGACAGCACCCCCUGCCAGGCCUCCUCCCCCUGCUGCUCUGCACACACACACUGACCCUGUAACAGAAACUACAGCAAUGGCUAACACAGGGGACCAGCCACCAGCGUACACACCGCAGCCAACAGUCGGCCACCGCAGCCUGGAUUACGGUCCUGCGACUGGAGCCAGAGGAGAUGGAGCCGAGCUGCUUUUCAUCCCCUCUGGGGUGCAGAUGUUUUUUGUGGCCCCGGGCGGACAGGUCACCUCCCUGUCUCAUCCGGGAUACCUUCGUAUCAUAACGUUUGAUUCCCAGAGCAAGGAUGCCACCGCUGGAAGACCCUCUGUAUUUCUACAUGUGUGUGACUGGCUGUACCCACUGGCCUCAGACACUCCAGUGCUAUUGGCUAACUCUGGGAUCUUCAUGUUCCCUGACACCUUGGCAGAGACGCCAGGGUCCUUUGUUGGCAUAGUGCUGUCCUCUGAACUGCCUGCUGCAGACCGGGAGACUUUUAAGGACCUCUUAACGCAGCUCGCUGAGCUCAGGAUCCAGGGUCCAGAGGGGGUUGGGUCAGAAAUCAUCAACCUGAGUGAGAAAAUUCCCCUGGGUCCACCGAAAGAGCAAACUGGACUGACAGUGCCGACAACAGACAAGGAAAAACAACCACUUCCUGGGUGGAGUGAGAAGAUGGCUCAAGGAAUCUUGUCAGGAGCUGCGAAGUUGAGUGUAGAGUUUGUGAAAGGAGCAGAGGCCACUGGGAGGGCCAUUCAUAAAGGAGCAGCCAAGAUCAGGGAACACAUGACACCUGAGGAAACUCCCUCAGAGGUCAGCCCCCGUGUCACCAAAGGUCUGCAAGCGGCUAAACAGGCCACAGGGGGCGCCGUGCGAGUCAGCCAAUUUUUGGUUAACGGAGUGAGCACGGUGGCAGGACACGUAGCAGAGAAGAUGGCACCUCAUGUGAAGAAGCAUGGCGCUAAGCUGGUCCCAGAGUCUCUGAAGAAGAGCAAAGAUGGCGGCCCAUCCAACCUGGAUGGAGCAAAGUUUGUGGCAGCCAGCAGUGUACAAGGUUUAUCUGCAGUUUGGUCUAGCCUGGAGACGGGUGCAAAGCUUGUGGGCAAAAGUGUUACAAACGAGACUGUCCUGACAGUGACGCACAAGUACGGCAAUGAUGCAGGCCAAGCCACAGACACUGCUCUCAAGUCAGUGGUCAAUGUCGGGGUGACUGCGUACAACAUUGACAACCUGGGCAUUAAAGCCUUCCUGAAGACUACAAGCAAGGAGACAGCCAAGGUCAUGGUAAAAAGCCAGAGUGGACAGGCCGCAGAAGGUGAAGUGAAGGAGGAGAAGAAAGUGGAACAUCAAGCAGAGACAAAUGUGAAGGAAGAGCAGAAGAAAGAGGGGGAAAAGAAAAAGGAAUAGGACGUUAACGUUCUGCUUGACAGGCCCUGUCAGACUGAUUGAUCAGCGUCUUGUCGUAGGUGAAAAUAUUUGAAUAAGCUUUUAGGGAAGGUGCCAUUUAAUUUUAUUGUAUAUUUUUAAUGCUACAUGAUUGUAAAUCUUUUUAAGCUUGUCAUUGUAUAUAACUAUGUAUGAAUAUUUUGGUGUGUUUUUGCGUAUGACAAAAUAUUUUGUGUGUAGUAAAAGCUAGCUAUGUUGAGAGCUGCCUGAACGUGGCAAUAAUAAUGUAAAGCAUGGUAUGAGUUGCACAUUUUAAAUGUUACUGUUUGAGGAAUGUUCAUUAUAGUGACAAAA